GUGUCCCAGUCCCCCUCAUCGCAGGCCCGGAGCAGCAGCACCGAGCUGGCGGGGACCCCGAAGUUCAUGUCUUCAUCUGCUGGAUCACCACAGAAGAAGAAGCAGAGCCCCGGAUGUUGAGUAUAUAUUCAGGAAACGGGCUUCGGCUCGCUCUUUUCUACGAACGACCAACCACGUUUGUGGCCCAAGUUCCUGGCUCACCGCUGUUCGCUCGAGUUUCUCCCGAAUAAGUCGGUCAGGAAUAAUUAAAAUGGCUUUUAAGGACACCGGUAAGGCACCUGUUGAGACCGAGGUCGCCAUUCAUCGCAUCCGCAUCACCCUCACCAGCCGUAACGUCAAAUCUCUGGAGAAAGUCUGCGCAGACCUGAUCCGCGGCGCCAAGGAGAAGAGCCUGAAGGUGAAGGGACCGGUCCGCAUGCCAACCAAGACUCUGCGCAUCACCACCAGGAAGACCCCCUGCGGUGAAGGGUCCAAGACCUGGGAUCGCUUCCAGAUGAGGAUCCACAAGCGCCUCAUCGACCUGCACAGCCCGUCUGAGAUCGUCAAGCAGAUCACCUCCAUCAGCAUYGAGCCGGGCGUGGAGGUGGAGGUCACCAUCGCUGAUGCGUAAACAAGUGUCAGGUUUUCAAUAAAGAGCUGAGAAAAACAAA